GUGAUACUGGGCGCCCCUGCCUCCGGCAAGGGCACCAUGUCAUCCCGAAUUGUCGAACAUUUCAAAGUGGCUCACAUAUCUAGCGGUGACAAAUUACGUGUUCACAUGACCAGUGGUACCGAAUUGGGCAAGACCGUAUCGAGUUACGUGCUGUCCGGCAAAUUUGUCCCCGACGAUGUGAUGAUCUCGAUGAUAAACAAGGAAAUCGAAACGGUGAACGACAAAAAUUGGCUGUUGGACGGAUUCCCGAGAACGUUGCAGCAAGCGGAAAAGCUGCAGAAAGUUCAUCCCGUGAACCUUGUCCUCUACCUUGACGUGCCGGUGUCAGUGAUUCUGAAGCGCGUAGAGAACAGAUGGGUUCAUUUGCCCAGCGGCAGAGUCUACAAUAUCGGAUUCAACAGUCCCAAAGUGCCAGGCAAAGAUGAUGUAACCGGUGAACCGUUGAGCAAAAGAGAAGACGAUAAGGUAGAGAUCGUAAAAAAGAGACUGGACAGGUACAUUGCCGAGAAUGAACCUAUUUUAGCUUUCUAUGAAGGUAUUGGUAUAUUGAAUACUUUCCGCGGUAAUACUACAGACGAGCUAUGGCCGCACGUCAAGGACACAAUCACGAAAUUUUUAUCAUAGCCGACUAAUCGCUAGAGCGUACCUCUAUGUAAAAAAAAUGCGUGUUGAACUAGUGGAGUAUCCAAACUGAUAGCGACCAUAUGCUUCCAAUAGGAUGUAAUAAUAGUACUUUAUGUGUGCAUACAUAUGUGUAAACCGUGUGACUGUAUGGAAAAUCAGAAAGGUCCAUAAUGUAUUUUUCUGUCGUUUUUCGUGUAUGUACACGUACAUACAACAUUUCUUAUCAAUAUAGUACAAAGUUGUUCAACUUUUAAACGUAUACAACUUUCACUUGCUUUACGAGCAUCGUAUUUUAUACUAUGUCUUCAACAUUCUGUAUCACGACGCACACCUUAUUUUAAUAUUGUCACAUCAGAUUUGACAUGUUAUGUUAUGAUAAGAAAGAAACAAAUAUUCUAACAAUAACACGAAAGAACGUUGCCAAUUGUAAAUACGCUAAUUUACGUAAGUUAGCAAUGAGUUCGAUUUGUCAUUUUUUUAUGGAAAUUAUUUGUAAGUAUGGUAUAUUGUAAUACAAAUGGGAUCAAAGAAAUUGGAGCUAUGAAAUAAUUGUUGGGCUUGUGUAAUGCAAAUGUAUUAUAUAUUCUGUUUAUAAUUGUUCUAGAGAAAAUAAAGUGAAUUUGCGACUCUAAAGAGGUAAUAAACAUUGAAAG